AUGAGUCCUGUCUUACGAAUCGGAAGAAACGCACAUACCGGCAAAUAUAUUUUACCACCAUCUUCCCAUGAAUCAACUGAACAGGCUCGUACUUUUUUAAAGACACAUGGUUUGAAAUCCUUCCUAGAUGCUUAUUUGCCUGAGCAAUUGACUUCAAUACACAUCUAUUGUUUGAUCCGACUCCUUGGAUUUGAAAUAAAAAAUAGAAGGCUAUUAUGGGAUCUUUCACGCCAUUUGGAGACACCGCGUGGCCAAAGAGCCAAUAAUUCAAACUCUGGUCCUUUAAGCAGCACAGAAUCAGCAUCACAUAAUCUAUCUAAAUAUAGAGUCAACUCGUCCUCAAAAGAUCCAUUGUCAAGUGAUCAGUUGGCAAGAUUGAUACGAGAUCUCCAAAAAGCUAUAAAUCGAGUUCUAUCUAUGCGAUUACCACUUUCUUCAUUUUCACAUCCAUCUUCCAUAAUUCCUAUCCUUUUAUCGGCCAAAAAUAUCAUUGUAUUAACAGGAGCAGGUGUUUCUACAUCAUUAGGUAUCCCUGAUUUCCGUUCCUCUGAAGGUUUUUAUUCAAGAAUUCGUCAUCUUGGUCUUGAUGAUCCUCAGGAUGUAUUUUCAUUAGAUAUCUUCCGAAAAGAUCCAAGUGUAUUUUACUCAAUCGCCCAUUUAGUCCUACCUCCACAAAGAAUGUUCUCUCCCCUACAUGCAUUCAUCAAACUUUUACAAGAUCGUGGUUCAUUAUUAAGAAAUUAUACCCAAAAUAUCGAUAAUUUCGAAAGUCAUGCAGGUGUUGAUAAAGAUAAAUUAGUGCAAUGCCAUGGUUCAUUUGCUACAGCUACAUGUUUUACAUGUGGAUGGAAAAUUGCUGGUGAACGAAUUUAUUCCAAUAUUCGUAAGAUGGAAUUACCAUUAUGUCCUCAUUGUAUAGAUAAAAGGAAUCCAUCAAAACCCAAAUCAUUUGGUGUUCUUAAACCAGAUAUUACUUUUUUUGGUGAGUCAUUGCCAUCAAGAUUUCACUCACUGUUACGUAAGGAUUUGGAAAAAUGUGAUUUAUUAUUGUGUAUCGGUACGUCAUUAAAAGUUGCACCUGUUAGUGAUAUUCCAAAAUUAUUAAAUGAUAAUGUUCCCAGGUUUUUGAUUAAUAGAGAUCCUGUUUCACAUGGUCAAUUUGAUAUAAAUUUAUUAGGCCUUUGUGACGAUACAGCAGUGUACUUAUCAAAAUUAUGCAAUUGGAAAAUACCUUGUAAAAAUUGGCAAGAAUUGGCAAGCUAUGAUUAUGAAUGUAUAAAGGAGCCUCAAAAGAGAUGCUUUUCAAUUAUUCGUUCAGAUAAUGAGUAUUUCCCUGAGAAUAAUAAAAUAGCAACUAAUGCUAAAACUGCUUCCCAAUUAGAAUCUGAAUCCAAAAUUGAAGAAAAUACAACUGUAAAUACAACUGCAACAUCUGGAAGCAAAAUCAAUUAA